GAAGGGAAGUGACGUCGGUUGGAUUACAUUCCAUCUGUCAAGGAAGUCAACGGGAGUUUAACUGAAAAAAAUAAUGGAAAACAUGAAGUAAAAACUUUUGGGAAUCGAGAAACGAGCUUGAAUUUGGGCUUUGGAGGACAGACGUGGGCAGUGCCUGUGGAUAAAAUGAGUUUUAUGAUGUGAAGAGCUUCGGUCCCGUCGAAAAGGAUGGCAGGCAUUCAGGCGUAUCUGGAGAAUCUGAAGCAAGGGCUGAAGAUUGACGUGCUGAGGGAAACCAGCCGUCAGUAUCCAGUGUUUUGCUUUCUGCUGCUGUCUAUGCUCUCCUUCACUGUCCUGCUCAACAGGUAUAUCCACAUUCUGAUGGUGUUUUGGUCUUUCCUGGCUGGCAUCAUUACUUUCUAUUGCUCCCUUGGACCAGAGUCCCUUCUCCCAAAUAUUCUCUUCACUUUAAAGCCAAGGAACAAACAGCAGCAGCAGCAGCAGGAAUUGUUUCCUCUGGGCCACAGCUGCGCCGUGUGUGGGAAGGUCAAGUGCAAACGUCACCGGCCUACCCUGCUGCUUGAAAACUAUCAGCCAUGGUUGGACUUGAAAAUCUUUUCAAAAGUGGACGCUUCGAUAGCAGAGGUGUUCGAGUUAGUUCUUGAGAACUUUGUGUAUCCCUGGUACAGGGACAUCACAGAUGAUGAGGCGUGCGUGGAUGAACUGAGGUUGACCUUCCGCUUCUUUGCGUCGGUGCUCGUCCGCCGGGCUCAGAAGGUUGACGUCCCCACCGUAUUUGCUGACAAAGUGAUGAAAGCUGCAUUGAAGCAUAUUGAAGUUAUCGCCAAAGCUCGACAAAAAGUGAACAGCGAGGAGGGCUUACAGCAGGCAGCGCUGGACGAAUACGGGCCCGACCUCCACAUUGCUCUACACAGCCGCAAAGAUGAGCUGCUCUACCUGAGGAAGCUGACAGAGAUGUUGUUUGACUUUGUCAUGCCUCCGAAAGCAACAGAGUGCAGGUCUCUGGCUCUGUUGCUGCGAGAGGUGAUGGCGGGCUCUGUCAUCCUACCAACCAUGGACUUCAUGGCUGAUCCUGAUACUGUGAAUCUCAUGGUGCUCAUCUUUGUUGAUGAUACUCCACCGGAGCCAGCCACAGAACCUCCAUCUCCCCUGAUUCCUUUUCUACAGAAAUAUGCUGAAUGUAGCAACAAGAAACCAUCUGUGUUGAAGUUGGAGCUGAAGGAGAUCAGGGAGCAGCAGGACCUCCUCUUCCGCUUCAUGAACUUCCUUAAGCAGGAGGGCGCCGUGCACGUACUUCAGUUCUGCCUCACUGUGGAGGAGUUCAAUGACAAGAUCCUGAGUCCAGAGCUGAGCGACUCUGAGCUGCAGCGUUUGCACAGCGAGGUGGUGCACAUCUACGAGACCUACUGCCUGGAGGAGAGCAUCGACAAGAUCAGCUUUGACCCGUUCAUUGUGGAGGAGAUAAGGAACAUUGCCAAAGGACCGUACACUGGUGUGGUGAAGCUGCAGACGAUGCGCUGCCUGUUUGAGGCCUACGAGCACGUCCUGUCUCUGCUGGAGGCGGUCUUCACCCCGAUGUUCUGUCACAGUGAUGAGUACUUCAGACACCUGCUGAGGGGGGCAGAGUCUCCAGCCAGGAACUCAAGGAUCAACAGAAACACGUCAAAACGAGGGGAGUCCUUUGGAAUCAGCAGAAUUGGGAGCAAAAUCAAGGGGGUGUUCAAGAGCACGACCUUGGAGGGGUCCUUACUCCCACCCAGUGCCAUGAACGACGCUGAGGAGGAUUUUGUGGAGGAGGCGACGGUUGUGUUGGAGGACAACUCCCCCGCCGAGCCGGCCAGCACCCCGGGUGCCCUGAGGAACCUGUCGGCCUGGAGCAUCACCAUCCCUUACAUCGACUUCUAUGAAGACGAGGUCAAGAGGGAGAAGAUCCCCGUGUUCUGCAUCGACGUGGAGCGCAACGACAGGAAGGAAGUCGGUCAUGAGACUGAAAAGUGGUCAGUCUACAGAAGAUACCUCGAGUUCUACGUACUAGAAUCAAAACUCACUGAGUUUCAUGGCACAUUUGCAGAUGCACAGCUUCCAUCCAAAAGAAUUAUUGGACCAAAGAACUAUGAAUUUCUGAUGACAAAAAGGGAAGAAUUUGAGGAAUAUUUAAAGAGGCUCCUGCAGCAUCCAGAACUGAGUAACAGCCAGCUGCUCGCUGACUUCCUGUCUCCUUACAGCAUGGAGUCGCAGUUCCUGGACAAGAUGCUGCCUGAUGUCAAUCUGGGUAAAAUUUUCAAGUCUGUUCCUGGGAAACUGAUAAAAGAGAAAGGACAGAACCUGGAGCCGUUCAUACAGUCCUUCUUCAAUUCGUGCGAAUCGCCUAAACCCAAACCCAGCCGCCCGGAGCUGACCAUCAUCAGUCCCACAGCCGAGAACAACAAGAAGCUCCUCAGCAAUCUUUUUAAGAACAACGCUAACCUCUCAGAGGGCCCAGAGAGGAGACACAACCAGAACUACUUCAUGGAAAUGAUGACUGUUGACGGCAUGUAUGAUUGCAUGAUGUAUGUCGGCCGGGUGGUUUUCCACAUGCCGGACUGGCUGCAUCAUGUCAUGGCUGCCGGGAGAAUCCUGUUCAGGAACACGUUUGAUACGUACAUGGACCACUACAUGCAGUCGAGACUGGACCAGAUCCUGCAGGAACACCGCAUGGUCUCCCUCAUCACCCAGCUCAGAGAUGCUGUUUUCUGCGAGACCUGCGAGGAGCGAACUCCAGAGGACAAACAAAUCAGAGCCAAGCAGACGUUUGAGGAAAUGAUGAAGUAUUUACCAGACUUUGUGGGAAAGUGCAUUGGUGAGGAGGCGAAGUACGAGGGCAUUCGGCUCCUGUUUGACGGUUUCCAGCAGCCGCUUCUCAACAAGCAGGUGACCUACGUCCUGCUGGACAUCGCCAUGCAGGAGCUGUUCCCUGAACUCAGCAAGCAGGGACCGAGGGAGUCGCCCACGUAAACCACAAGACACCACACUAAAUACCAGCUGUCCCAUAACCCGGCUUAUGGAAGUGCAAUACUAUGAACUCCACUGUCUCUGGGACUAUCUCAGCAUUCCAAUGUAUAUUAAUGCACUAAUAAAGAUAUAUAUUUAUUGUUACUGCA